GCAUAAGCAUAGGUAUCAUUAUUAAUUUUAAUAGUUGUUCUUCAAUACUUUUUUUAAAAUUUCAAGCGUUCUUUUUUAGUUCUUUCGCAAUUUUCAAUGAUUUUACAAGUUUUAGGAUACUUUGUGUGAUUUUCUGUAGCGGAAAUGAAACGAUCUUUCCGUAUGAUCGACUGUUCAGCGUUAUGUUCUAAAUUAGAAGAAUUACGAUUAGAACACGAUCGUGGUAUUGAGACUCGUUCAAGCAUAGGAUUCGGAUUCGGAGAUUGUUAUGAUUCGGUUCUAGCGAAACUGCGAGGGACUCCUGGAGAAGAAAUCGCUCCUGGAUUGAUUCUGCGUCAUGUUGUAGAUUUUACUUUCAACGAAUUCGGCCUCGAUUUAUUAGAAAAGCCAUUGAACGAAACGCAAAGCAGUGAUCUUUCAAUGUUCAGAUUAAUUUAUCGUUUCAGAAAAGAGUGGUUAAAAAACGAGUACUCUUUCCUCGUCUCGAUAGUCGCCGACGAAAUGCUUGAUUUUAUUAUAUGCGCCGGACGUCGUAACAUCGGUGAGCUAAAUGCCGAAGAGCCGAAACCGAAAAGAAAAAAAAAUGGUCUGAAAUAUAAAUUCGCACACCUGUUUGUUCUCCGUUCUGAAUUACCGUCGUUUGAAGCAUUCGAACGUGAUGCAGAUGAAAACAAAAUUACAUCCUUGAUCACGGAAAUUAUUGAACAAUUUCGAAAAUUAUGGACUCUGAAGCAAGAACCGUCGGAAGGGUCAUCGGAUUCUGAAUCAACCUCCAGCUCAACAGAUGAAGAUGAAGAUGAGGAUUAAGAUGAAGGUUCAUGUUUCUUCUUUUUAAGAUGUUUUUUUCUUACUUUCCUAUUUUUAAAUGUUUCGAAUGGCGUGUGUUUUUGUGAUAAAAUAAAGUCUGAUUUUAAUUUUUUAGCA